GUAUGCCAAGGCAGAGGAAGAACUGAAUAGUUGCCUAACAACAAUACUGUUUAACAUUUAUUAAGUGCUUACUAUGUACUGUGCAUUACAUUAUAUGAAUUAACUCAUUUUAUGCACACAAUAACUGUGGUGAGUUCUUUUGGCACUUUUUGGAGAUGAGAAAACUAAGGCAUAGCACAGUUAAGUCUUGUCCAAGAUUACACAUUAAGUAGCAAAGCCAAGUUUCAGGCGCAGGCAGGCACUCUGACUUUAGCAUCUGCCUUCUCAACCAGAAUGUUAUACUGCCUCCUAGACUCAAGUUAAACAGUCUUAUGUCCCGAAUAGGUUCAGUUUAUGCACAGACAGUUCAGAGCACAAGGAGGAGGAAAAGAUGAGGGGUUGAGGCUAAGCAAUGUAAGUUUUAUAUGCAGUGAUUUAAUCUUCACAGCAAUCUAUGAAGUUGGCUCACAUAUGAAAUCAUUUUAUUGAAAAAGAAAUUGAAAUAUAGAAAAGUGAAACAACUUGUCAAUAGUUAAACUACUAGUAAGUGGCAGAGCCAAAGCUUGCAUUUUCUUUACUAUAUUGUACUGGAGAGAUACAAAGACCUUUUCUUCCCCAAUAUGAGUUCCUUCAUCGUACAUGCACAUUUCUGGACCCACCAAACUGUAGUGCUGACUGUUCCUAGAACAGAUCCUACAGUUUCAUGGUUCUGGGUCCAAACCUCCUGUGGUAGAGUUGUCAGAUUUAUCAGAUUAAAAAUAAAUUUUUUUAAAGGAUGUCUAGUUAAAUUUGAAUUUUAGCUAAACAGCAAGUAAAUAUGUCCAUGCACUUAGGGACAUACUUAUAUAACUUUAAAAGUUUCUUAUUUAUCUGAAAAAUAUCAAGGGGUGUCUCCGGGCAGUUUUUCCUCUUGUGUUCUUUUAUAGUCUAUCCUAUAUCUAUCCGUUAUAGCAUUUGUUAUUCCUAGUGACUAAGAUCACGGAUUUCCGGGGGGAGGGGGUCGCUUUGUGUUUGUAUCUGAAUCAUCAACCAUGGAGAUAUUAAGCGAUCGAAAUGGUUGUUGAAGAAACAUUUACUGAAAGCCAUGAGGUGUAAGAGGAGGCAUGAAGGAGAGCAAGCAUUUAUGAAUUGCAUUUGUAUGCUAAAUAUAGUGCCAGUGGUUUGGCACUAUUUCAUCCGUAUUGAAUUCUCUUUAAUAAAUAAAUGGAUGGGUAUAGCCUUUGAAUCUAUGUUCUGAAACCUAUAACACUUGGCAUAAAUAAAUGAUGGCAUUCUACUCUCUGCGACUGAUUUCUGAGGAAACUGGGCCUAUGUCUCCAUAGAAACAGGAGAUCCUGUUAGAGCCCAGAAAAGCAGGAAGUGUAACUUGCACUUCCGUUUUACGCCAGAGACCCGGAAGUUGCCGUGGCGGGGUUGCACAUGGUGGGUUCCAGAGAGGAUGCCGCUCAUUGUGCUUUGCGGGCUGCCGUACAGCGGCAAGAGCCGGCGUGCUGAACAGCUGCGCCGGGCUCUGGUAGCCGAGGGCCGCGCGGUGUACGUGGUGGAUGACGCCUCUGUGUUGGGCUCGGAGGAUGCGUCCGUGUACUGCGACUCUGCCCGCGAGAAGGCUUUGCGUGGGGCCCUGCGAGCCUCGGUGGAGCGGCGCUUGAGUAGACGCGACGUAGUCAUCCUAGACUCUCUUAAUUACAUCAAAGGCUUCCGCUACGAGCUCUACUGCCUCGCUCGGGCGGCACACACGCCGAUGUGCCUGGUUUACUGCGUACGGCCUAGGGGUCGGAGCCUGGGAGCUCCGGUGGACGGAGUGGAGGAGCACCGGGGGAGGAACGAGAGUGUAAGUUGGAGGCCGCGCCCGGAGAAAGGCGCAAAACUUCAGGCGGCCGGCUCCGAGGAACGGCAAGUUGUGCGCUCUGUAGUAGAUGGGGAUGCCCGAGACAACUUACCUAGAGAAGUGGAGCGGAAGGAGCCUGGAGCCUCAGAUUCUCCUUCUCUAGUGACUACGGAAUCUGAGAAGUCCGCAGAGCAUGUGUCCGGUACCUUUUACCCUCCCGAACUUCUGGAGGCUCUAACGCAGCGCUUUGAAACUCCUGAUUCGCGGAACCGCUGGGAUCAGCCUUUGUUCACUGUGGUGGGCUUAGAGGAGCCUGUACCCUUGGCUGAGAUCCAGGCUGCCUUGUUUGAGAACCGAGCUCCCCCACCCCAUCAAUCUACACAGUCCCAGCCACUUGCCUCCAGCAGUUUUCUGCACCAGCUGGACCAGGUCACAAACCAAGUCUUGUCCGGACUGUUGGAGGCGCAAAAGAGCGCUGUUCCCGGGGACUUGCUAACACUUCCUGGUACUACAGAGCAUCUCCGGUUUACCCGGCCUUUGACCAUGGCAGAGCUGAGUCGUCUCCGUCGCCAAUUUAUUUCCUACACUAAAAUGCAUCCCAACAAUGAGAACCUGCCUCAGCUGGCUAACAUGUUCCUUCAGUAUCUGAGUCAGAGCUUGCACUAAUCAGAGUGGUAGGGGGAAGCAUGACAUCCAUUGCACUUUAUUUCUGUAGCAGGAAUAAUUUAAAGAUUCGCACAGUGAGUUGAUAUAGUGCUAGAGCUGCUGAGUUUGACUGAGUCACUCAGACUUUUCUUGGCUGCCUCUGUGCCAGGCACUAAGCGUUGAGACUAGAGACAAAGAACAGCUUGGAGGAUCUUGGCAGAUUUCUUCAGCAGAGAGAGCUCAGGUGGACCAGGGGCAUGUAGGUUGGGUUCUACUUGGAAUGUCACACAAUUGAUUUUCUCUGAGUUGUAGGUGAGCAGACCAUGUAUAGGUGAGAAUUGCCUUAAAAACAAUUGUGAACAGAAACUGAAGGCAUAAUUCUGUAUUUGAACUUUUUUAAACAAAUACUUUUUGAGUAUUGUACCUACUUUUCUGUUAGCUUUUAUCUUGGAGCUGGGUUCACAGGGUAAAUCCUUUGUGUUCUGUUCUUGAGAAGCUUUGAUUUUUGUGGAAGUGAAAGGCAUAUUUCCUCUAAUAAAAUAUUUUAAAAGUAGAGUCUGUUU